GCCCGGCCCAGCGGAAGCGGAGCCCGGCGCGCCCGCCUCCCGCCGCGGGCACGGGGAGCCCCGCGCCCGCCUUCCCGGCCGCUAAGGGCGCCGGGGCUGCAAGCCGCAGGCCGCCCGGGUACGCGAGGGGCGGGGCCGCCAGGGCUGACGGGGCCGCGGGGCCGCAUCGAGUUCGCCGGCCGCUCCUUGCAGCCGCGCUGCCCCCGUGGUGCUCGCCGCUCGCUCCAGCGGGUCCCCCGCGGGGGACACCCCCGUGAUCAUCAGUGACCGGCCAGUGUGAGCCGCGCCCUUGCACCUCCCGUCCUCCCCGUCCCACCCCGGCGGGAACGUCCCGGCGGCCGCCGGCGCUCAAGCCGCGAGCACAGUUUCCCGCCUUUUCCCAACCGGGCCGCGGCCCCUGCCCGGAUGCUCCCGCCGGAACGCAGCGCGCGUGCGCGACGCCCCGCAGCGCGCGAAGUCGGGCCGCCAGGGCCCUGCGACACGGUGCGCAUGCGUCAGCGUGUCGGUGCGCCGGGUCAAGGGUCAGCCCACAAGAUGGCGGCGGCAGUGACCUUCUGCCGGCUGCUGGGCCGCAGCGGCAGGGCGGCGCUGAGCCUGCCCCGGGGCGUCCGGUGCUUUGGGGUGCGCACGUCGCCGACCGGGGAGAAGAUUACGCACACCGGCCAGGUCUAUGACGAUGCGGACUACAGGAGGGUCCGGUUCGUCGGUCGCCAGAAAGAGGUGAAUGAAAACUUUGCCAUUGAUCUGAUCGCUGAGCAGCCCGUGAGUGAAGUUGGAAAUCGUGUGAUCGCGUGUGACGGCGGCGGGGGGGCUCUUGGCCACCCGAAAGUGUACAUAAACCUGGACAAGGAAACGAAGACGGGGACGUGCGGCUACUGCGGACUGCAGUUCCGACAGCACCAUCACUAGCGCGGGCCGUGCGCACAGCGCCUCUCGCUGGGCCGAAUAAACGGUGUUGGGACCUGGA